AUGACCGCUCUGGCGAGCGCCUCUGCUCCCGCAUACAGCUCUCCACCUACAUUCUCCGCCAUCAUCGAACAGGAUCACAACAAUAUCAACAAGUACGCCGGACGGCUGAAGAAAGCCCGCACUGCCGCUGACCGUGGCCGGUUAUUACUUGAGGUAACCUGGCGGCUCGUACGUCAUGACGUCUCCGAAGACAUCGUCAUGCGACCUGCAUUCAUCCAGCAGCUAGGGGAUGAAGGCAGAGAAAUGGCAGAGCAUGACCGCACCGACCACGACCACGCGAGGCUCGAACUUCUGGCUCUCUUCGAUUUGUCCUUGGAAUCGGAUGGUUUUCCCAGCGUGAUCGACAAGCUCUUCGCCGAACUGCUCGAACACAUGAAGGUGGAGAGCGGGGAACAGAUCCCGCGAUUAGAGGGCAUGCUAGACCUCUUUGAAAGCCAGAGGCUCGGCAGGGAAUAUCUUCGGACCCAGAUCCUGACGCCGGACCUGGAAUAUUUAGACAGUGAGGGUGUGGGGAGAAGGAUGUGGAGAGAUGUAGAAGACUAUGCUCGUACUGAGCUGGCCAGGUUCAGGGAGAUAUGGGAGGAUUUCCUCGCGGGCAGGCUAAGGCUGUUGGCAGACACUAGUGGUGUCAGGGUGCCCGUCGCUAAGGGCAAGUUAUGA